GGGUUUGACUGAGGGAUAGUUUGAGGUCCUGCUGAGCUCGGACCAGUCUGCUGGGUGUGUGUUGUGUGUUUGUCUCUCAGGUGUCCCCAGGUGCGUGAUGCCGUGGCUGAUACCCUCUCAGCUGGACCUCCUGUCUUCUUCGCCGUCUGAGCGUCAGUGUGAGCGGACGGCGUUCUCCUUCUACUGCGCGGUGCGGGAGCGGCUGCCGGUCUGGCUGCUGGAGGACAUGCGCAGUAUGGAGGUCUUCUGCUGGGAGGACGGACGCCCUCGAGCCUUCCUGCCGUCGGAGGCACUGCUGUAUGCGCUCGUGCACGACCACCGUGACUACGCACGCUACCUGCUCAACAGGUACUCGGUGAGCGCGCUCAGAGCGCCCCGAUGCAACUUCUGCUGCCGCCGCAGCAGCGGUACUCCGCACCUGAACUUGGCGGUGCGUUACGACCGCGUGUCGAUCCUCAGCAUGAUGGCGGAAACUCUGAAGGACUGCACCGCGCAGAGCGAGCGGCGGGAACUCCUGGACGGCUGCGGGGGCUGCUCGCACGUCGCUGAUGCAGGAAAGACCGCCGUGCAGCUGGCGGUGGAGCUGUCGCGUCCGGAUUGUCUGCUGCAGCUGCUGGUCCACGGCGCGCAGCCCGACGGACUCGACGCCGCGCUGCAGACGCUCGCCUCCUGUAACGCGUCUCAGCAGCGCGGCGCGCAGCGCUGCCUCGACCUGCUGCUGCUGUUUCUGCCCAAACCGCCGCCACUGCGCCGCCUGCAGGAGGAGCCGCAGCGCUGGCAAAGCCUGCUGGGAAAUGAAGUGUUUGGCUGGCUGUGCGGUCUGGCCCCGCCCCCCCUCCUGCUGAUGGCUCUUAGGUGUCUGGCCCGGUCCGGACCGGAUCAGAUCAGCACACUGCCCGACUUCCUGCAACCGCACACCUGGCAGUGACGUCAUCUGUCACGAUGGAAACAACACUGUAACCACCUCAGGACUGCUGUGAUUGGACGCUUUUUUAUUGUUGUAAAUAGAAUGUAAAUAAAGACUAAAAACCGACCUGAUCACUGAUCAGUGAUCAAUACUGCUGUAUUUAUCUCCAGAGCAUCAACUAAACAUUAAAGAACAGCAACAGGCGUUAGGACCCUGAGGAGAAGGACGAGGUUUGAACGUGAACUGAAUGGAUUUAAUCUGAUCACUUUGAUCCCACGUUUUCAGGUUGAUCGAUAAACUGAUUUUCUCUGAGUGUGUGAGUCGCAUGAACGUGUUUCUACCCCAGUGUCCUGACGCUGAGUCUCCUCAGGUUAAAGUCGAUAAACAGGAACAAACUCUUCAGAUCAGUGUGAUCACACGCUGCAGUGACACACAGAGCUCUGCUGAAUUAAACUGAUCCCAGAGCAGCUGCUUCCUCCGCUCGUCACGUUUGUCCAGUUUGUUUUCACUUUCAUCUGCUGAAGGAGGAAAAUUUCUCUGAGCUUCAUCUUAAAUCUCAGUUUAACACCUGGACGCACCUGCACAAUUUAUGUCAUCACAGCUUGUCUGGAGCCAAUCAGGGACCAGUAUGAAACUGACACAAUGUGAUGUGGAAACUAAAGCUCCACAUGAUCAGCUUUAGAAAUAAACAUUUACAGAUUCACAGGCUUUGAAGGAGGAGGAGACCUUCAGAGUUCAUUCAGAUCUGGAGAAAAUCUGCGGAUCAGUUUUUAUCAGACAAACCUUCGACUCAUCUCAUGAGAAUAAAGGAAAAUAUUUAUUAUUUAACUGGUUCCACAAAAACUAGAAAUGUUUCCGGUGAGAAGGUUCAGAUCUGUCUGUACAGCAGGUGGGAGGUAAUGUGUGUGUGUGUGUGUGUUUAAGGUGUUUGCACUUUUUGUUUAUUUCUUCUGUUCUCUGUCGGCUCAGGCCUGUGCUCAUCGCUGUGUGAUGCAACGAUUAUGAUUAAAAAAGUUCAGAAA